CAUAGGUGCAGCUACACCCAAGCCCUGCCCAUCUUAGACUUUCUGCUUAACACGGGUGACAGGGCUCACAGAGGGAAGGCUCCUAGGUGUUUUCUCCUGCAUCUGCAUUUGCAGGAGCCCAGAGCUUCGAAUCACAGUGCAGGGUGGUCAUGCGUCCUGGUGGCAGAUCUUGGUGGUGUCUCUGAGCCCAAGCACUCCCAGAGUGGCUCCUGGGGACUACGCUGGCAGCUGCAGCUUGGGACCUUGAGGUGCCCGUGACCAGGAGCAGACUCUGCGCGUUAGCCUUUGGUUGGGCUUCUGGCUGCUGACUCCCAGAAGGCGGGAUGGUGCAAGAGGACUGCUGUGCUGAACUUGUGUGUGUGUAGGGCUCCAAUCAUACAGGACACCAUGGCUGAGGACACAAAGUGUAGGAAGCCUUUGGCAGAGGUGGCAGGGGUCCCCCUGCAGGCUGCCACUGUGGACAACUGGAGCCAGAUCCAGAACUUUGAAGCCAAGCCUGACGACCUCCUCAUCUGUACCUACCCCAAGUCAGGGACAACGUGGAUUCAGGAAAUCGUAGACAUGAUUGAACAGGAUGGAGAUGAGGUGAGGUGCCAGCGGUCCAUCAUUCAGCACCGCCACCCAUUCAUCGAGUGGGCACGGCCACCCCAGCCCUCGGGUGUGGACAGAGCCAAUGCCAUGCCCUCCCCUCGGACACUGAGGACGCACCUGUCCACAGCACUGCUGCCAACUUCUUUCUGGGAAAAUCACUGCAAGUUCCUUUAUGUGGCUCGGAAUGCCAAGGACUGCAUGGUAUCCUACUACCACUUCCAGAGGAUGAACCAAGUGCUCCCCGAACCAGGCACCUGGGAAGAGUACUUUGAAACCUUCGUCAAUGGGAAAGUGGCCUGGGGCUCCUGGUUUGACCAUGUGACAGGAUGGUGGGAUGUGAGGGACAGACACCAGGUGCUCUUCCUUUUCUACGAGGACAUAAAGAGGAACCCAAAGCAGGAAAUUCGGAAGGUGAUGCAGUUCAUGGGAAAGGACUUGGGAGAAGCAGUGCUGGAUAAAAUUGUCCGGGAGACGUCCUUCGAGAAAAUGAAAGAGAAUCCUAUGACAAAUCGCUCCACAGUUCCCAAAUCUCUCAUGGACCAAUCCAUUUCCUCCUUCAUGAGGAAAGGAACUGUGGGGGACUGGAAAAACCACUUCACGGUGGCCCAGAAUGAGAGGUUUGAGAAAAUUUACAGGGAAAAGAUGCAAGGCAGUUCCAUCCGCUUCUGCGCAGAACUCUGAACCAGCCAUGAAGGAGCCCCAGCAUGGGCCUCGUCCUCAGCCAGAGGAAGCUCUGAAAGCACAUGGCGCAUGCAGGGGAGCCUGGCACCCCUGAUAUCAAGGCUUCCUUCUGAAGGACCAUAUCCAAUGCCAGUUUCUCCACAGCUUUCCUAAAGUGAGAAAUAAGACCACUUAAUAAACUCAGUCAAAUAUAA